AUGCCUACAGCCGAGCAGACCGAAGCACCUACACAGAGCGAAUCUACGUCAGACCCUCAACCUGAGCCUCACUCCACAACUCCAUUUCGUACUCCCGAUCAGCAUCCUUCCGAGCCUCCUACUGACCCACCUGCUGAACCUUUAUCUGAGGAGACUCCUCCUGCAACUGAGCCUGAGCCUGCACCUGAAGCAAAGUCAGAGGCUGCCACUACAGCUGAACCUGAACCCGCUCCUGAGCCUGCACCCGAAGCCGAGUCAGAGGCUGCCACUGCAGCUGAACCUAAACCCGCUCCUAAGCCCGCUCCUGAGCCUGUACCUGAAGCCAAGUCAGAGGCUGCCACUACAGCUGAACCUGAAUCCGAACCUGCUCCCGAAACCUCAUCUAAGCCUGUAGCUGAAACCAAAGCCGAACCAGAAGCUACAAACGAUCCAGCUCCUGAAUCCGUACCUGACGAACCAGUGUCAGAUCCUGCGCCUACAACAGAUUCUGCACCCGAGGAAGCAUCAGAACCCACAGCUGAGCCUCCUGCAGCACCUACAGAGGAGCCUACAACAAAGCCUGAAGCUACUGCAGAUCCAGAAUCGACGCCUGAAAAGUCUGAGGAACCCCCAGUCGAGCCCAACCCCCCUACAGAGCCAGAACCAGAAGCAACGCCUGAGGAGCCCAAAGACCCAGGCGAGUCUCCAGCUGGACCGGAACCGUCAACGGAGGCAGUACCUAAGGGGUCAGAACCAGCAAUCUCGCCGGUUGAUCCUCCUCCACCAGUAGACGAACCAGUAGACGAACCUAAGCCUACCGAAGAGCCAGUACCCGAGAAUUCGGAAGACACCCCAGUUGAGCCGCCUGCUGCCAAAUCAGAAGAGUCUGCUGCAGAGCCAGCACCCGCGGAGCCAGAGAAGCCUGUGGACGAAGCCAAGCCUACCGAAGAGCCCGUGCCUGAGGGCUCGAAAGAGUUGCCAGCUGAACCUCCUGUUGCCAAAGUAGAGGAACCUGCUGCAGAUCCAGUGCCCGAGGAACCAUCUGAUCCACCUGUUGAGCCCUCUGCACCACUGGUAGAAGAACCUGCAGAAGAACCUGAAUCUGUACUGGAAUCAGCACCCGAAACCCCCACCGAAGCACCUCAAGCUACGCACCCCGGGGUUAUGCGUAUGGCCGUUCCCAAGCCUGAGAAUACCCAAGAACCUGCCGUCGAACCUCCUAUGGAAUCACAACCCGACCCUAUGGUAGAGCCGAAACUGGAGGACACACCUAAAGAACAUGAAGGCCUGAACAGGUAUUUGAAGAGCCUCGAGCUUUACCGCUUGUUGCAGAACCAAUCUCCGAACGCACAGCAGAGCCAAUUGAAGAGCCGGUCGAGAAACUCCAAACGAUGCAAACGCGACAGGUUCAAAUUCAUCGCUGCGAUGCGCGCGCCCCACGAGUCCGUCCCUAUCCUCGUCCUGCUCCGACAGAAGAAGAAGGCAGGCGAAGAUGUGAAGGGUAUUGCAGACACGAUGCUUGCGGCAGUGGGGUCAUGA